UUUAAGCAGACACGGAAAUGAGGAAGACGGUGUGAAACUGUGAAUCCUUCCUCUCUCUCUCUCUCUCUCUCUCUCUUGCCAUCCUCCUCGUCCCCGAGAUGACUCAGGAAGAAGGAAGCCACGGAGAGUGGUGCAACGGCGUCGCCAAGCAAAGGGUCGCCGUCAUCGGCAGCGGAAAUUGGGGAUCCGUCGCGGCGAAGCUCAUUGCCUCCAACACCCUCCGACUCAAAGACUUCCACGAUGAAGUGAGGAUGUGGGUCUUCGAAGAGACACUGCAGAGCGGGGAGAAGCUGUCUCAUGUUAUCAACGGCAACAACGAAAACGUGAAGUAUCUCCCUGGUGUAAAGCUUGGCAAAAAUGUGGUGGCUGAUCCUGACUUGGAACAUACAGUGAAUGAUGCAACCAUGUUGGUUUUCGUAAUUCCGCACCAAUUUGUGGAGGGGGUGUGUAAACAGCUUGUGGGGAAGGUGGGUCCUCAUGUGGAAGCGAUCUCGCUGAUAAAGGGGAUGGAGAUCAGGAAGGAGGGCUGCCUAAUGAUGUCUUCCCUCAUCACCCGCAUCCUCCGGAUCAAUUGCUGCGUCCUCAUGGGCGCCAACCUUGCUUCCGAGAUUGCAGAAGAGAAGCUCAGCGAAGCCACCAUUGGGUACAGGGAAGACAACAAGGCCGUCGCUGAUAAAUGGGUCCGGCUCUUCAGAACUCCCUACUUUCUUGUGGCAUCGGUGCAAGAUGUGGAAGGAAUUGAGCUCUGCGGAACCCUUAAGAAUAUUGUCGCUGUAGCAGCAGGUUUUGUGGACGGCCUGGAUAUGGGUACCAACACCAAGGCUGCAAUCAUGAGGAUUGGAUUAAGAGAGAUGCGUGUCUUCUCAAAAUUGAUGUUCCCAUCAGUUCAAGAUACAACCUUCUUUGAGAGCUGUGGAGUGGCUGAUCUCAUUGUUACAUGCUGGGGCGGUAGGAAUAGGAAGAUUGCUGAAGCUUUUGCAAGAGCAGGAGGGAAAAGGUCUUUUGAUGAGCUUGAAGCAGAGCUACUCCAAGGUCAAAAGUUACAGGGCGUCUCUACUGCAUAUGAAGUUUAUCAGGUGCUGAAGCACCGAGGUUGGCAGGAACUGUUCCCAUUGUUCAGCACUGUUCAUGAGAUCUGUGCCGGCCUCCUUCCUCCAACGGCAAUUGUAGAGCAGUGCGAGCGAACUCCCAACUUCUCUUUGGUCGAGGGUUCUGCCGAGUACUAUUGAUUUUCCAGGACCACAAUCAUUCCUCUCUGCUACUGCACCUGCUACUCUCAGUUGGGAUCCAGUAAAAGCUAUGUAAAAGGACAUGUACAAGUGCCCUUUAGAUCUCAAGGUUUCAAGCUGUUUUAACAAAAUCCAAACUUAUGGUUUUGCUCUACACUGUUCGUUCGCUAAAAAUUGUCUUCCUGUGGACCAUGCUUUUCAUUAUAAAAUGUGCUCCUUAAAUCA